UCGACGACUUCUGCAAUUUGUGUGUGCCUUUUUUGUUUGCUGGUGAUUUAGUUUCGGUGCAAAAAACAAACAAACCACGAGUGUAAGAACGGACGAGUUUAGUGUACACCCGACAAGUGCGUGUUACAGUGACAUUUGCGGUGAUUUUGCGGUGCACAAAAGCGCGGGUUUUGCGUCAGGAAUAAAACGGUUGCGAUCCUUUUUUUGGGGUGGUGUAGCGAACAUUCCCGAGCGGAAGAUCACAAAAAAAGCGUACAGUGACAAAAUGAAGUAUAGCAUAGUGUUCGUGGUUGCACUCUUCGGAGCCGCCGUCGCUCAGGAGAGCUUCAAGUGUCCGGACGAUUUCGGCUUCUACCCGCAUCACAGCUCCUGCGACAAGUACUGGAAGUGUGACAACAACGUGGCCGAGCUGAAGACGUGCGGCAACGGUCUCGCGUUCGAUGCGACAGACUCCAAAUAUCUGACGGAGAACUGCGACUACCUGCACAACGUGGACUGCGGUGACCGCACUCAGCUAGAACCUCCGAUCUCCACACCACACUGCGAGCGUCUGUACGGUAUCUUCCCGGAUGCGGCCAAGUGCGACGUGUUCUGGAACUGCUGGAACGGUGAAGCUUCGCGCUACCAGUGCUCGCCCGGACUCGCUUACGAUCGUGAUGCACGCGUCUGCAUGUGGGCCGACCAGGUGCCGGAGUGCAAGAACGAAGAAGUAGCAAAUGGAUUCGCCUGCCCGGCCGCCGGUGAGAUCUCCAAUGCUGGAUCAUUCUCGCGACAUGCACAUCCCGAGGACUGCCGCAAGUACUACAUCUGUCUGGAGGGAGUCGCCCGCGAGUACGGUUGCCCGAUCGGCACCGUCUUCAAGAUCGGUGAUGCUGACGGUACUGGCAACUGCGAAGAUCCCGAGGACGUUCCCGGAUGCGAAGAUUACUACGGUGAUUUGGACUUGAAAAGCAUCCGCAAGAGCGAACUCCUUGCCGGUCUAGCCCUCCAGUCCGGUGGUGCGCCUGCCUCCACCAAAGCUAGCGUUAAGUCGAACCGUCCAGCUCCCAAGGAGAGCAACUAG